AUUCGAGCGAAGGAAAUAACGCACUCGUGCGCAUCAAUACAUCACAGCAUCUGCGCAGUUGACAUUUUCUAACCCGGAAGUAGAUUUCCUAAAUGUGCGGUUAGUCCGUGAAUUAAGCAAAUCGUGUUUCAUCUACAGUACAGCGAAGCUACUUUAAUAUCAUGAUGCUCCGAGCUUGUGGCUUUAUAAUAUUUCGCCGCCUGGCACAUCCUCCUUCCCCAGACAACAUCCAGUAUCUUCUCCUGCAAACCUCAUAUGGAGAACACCACUGGACUCCACCCAAAGGUCAUGUUGACCCUGGAGAGGACGACCUGACCACCGCAUGGAGAGAGACUCAGGAGGAGGCGGGUUUGGGUAAAGAGCAUCUGCGUGUGCUUGAUGGCUUUCUGCAGAGAUUGCAUUAUCAAGUGCGGGGUAAGGAAAAGGAGGUCCUCUAUUGGCUGGCUGAGCUUCGUGACCCUGGCAUAAAGGUCAAACUGUCGGAUGAGCACCAAGACUACCGCUGGGUCAAGUUGGACGAGGCGUGCAGGCUUGCGAAGUACACGGAUCUACAAGACACUCUUAAAAACGUGCAGCGCUUUUUGGAGAAGGCAGAAAAGAAACCGUGAUGCUGACUCCACGUGUCAGAAAUUGUAUAUAUUGAAUACAUCAUAGUCAAGACUUAUGUGAGGAAUUUAUGUGCUAUAAUGCCUGUGUGUGUCUUAAUAAUGGGGUUCUUAUGUAGUUUUUAUCAAAGGUCCAAAUCAAAUAAAAGUAAUUCACUUCGGCA